UGACUCCCAAGUCUCUUCCGCCCUCUGCAACUGGGGCCUCAUGUGCCGCCAUGAGGGGCCCCGCUGGGGCUGCGGGCGUUGUGCCCCCAGUUCCAUGCUCCUCCUGAUUCAGCUGCUGUCUGCAGCCCCGUUUGGCCUGCUGGGGGAGGAAACUCGCCAGGUGUCUCUGGAGGUCAUCCCUGACUGCCGAGACCCCUCCCCGAACCUGCUCCACAUCCGGGCAGUGGGUAGCAACUCCACACUGCACUAUGUGUGGAGCAGCAUGGGGCCACCGGCAGUGCUGCUGGUGGCCACCAACACCCCACACAGCACCCUGACUGUCAACUGGAGCCGCCUGCUUUCCCCUGAGCCUGACGGGGGCCUGACGGUGCUCCCCAAGAACAGUAUCCAGUUUUCUUCUGCCCUUGUCUUCACCAGGCUGUUUGAAUUUGACAGUGCCAACACAUCUGAGGCGUCAGCCAAGCCUCCGGGAAAACCGUAUCCCCCGUAUUCCCUGGCGGAGUUCUCUUGGAACAACAUCACUGACUCAUUGGAUCUCGCUACCCUGAGCGCCACAUUUCGAGGCCGCCCCAUUCAGGACCCCGCUGGGGCCUUUGCCAAUGGCAGCCUGGCCUUCAGGGUGCAGGCUUUCACCAGAUCCAGCCGCCCAGCCCAAGCCCCGCGCCUCCUGCAUUCAGCAGACACCUGCCAGCUAGAGGUGGCCCUGUUUGGGGCCUAUCCCCGGGGAAACCGCUCCCUGUUUGGGCUGGAGGUAGCCACCUUGGGCCAGGCCCCCGACUGCCCCUCAGUGCAGGAGCAGCGCUCCAUUGAUGAUGAAUAUGCACCUGCAGUCUUCAAGUUGGACCAGCUGCUGUGGGGCUCCCUGCCCUCGGGCUUCAUGCAGUGGCGGCCAGUGGCUUUUGCCCAGAGGCAGAGGGGCCGGGAAUCAUCCCUGCCCUGCCAAGCUUCCCCUCUUCGCCCCACCUUGGCAUACCUUCUUCCCCAGUCUCCCAUCGUCCGAGCCUUCUUUGGGCCCCAGACUGACUUCUGUGCCUUCAACUUGACAUUUGGGGCUCCUACAGGCCCCGGCUACUGGGACGAAUACUAUCUCAGUUGGUCAAUGCUCCUGGGUGUGGGCACCCCUCCAGUGGACGCCUUGUCCCCGUUAAUCCUAGGCAUCAUGGCAGUGGCCCUGGGUGCUCCAGGGCUCAUGCUGCUGGCAGGAGGCAUAUUUCUGCUGCUGUGGCACAAGCAGUGCUCCCAAUACCAGCCUAUAAACUGAGGCCCACUCUCUGGAGGACGGGACAUUAACUAGUGGGCCUGUGUUGCUGGUCUGCCAGUUGAAGGGUUAGCUGCUCCCUUCUCCCAUCUUGCUUUUCUGCAAAACCUCAGGGAACCCCCAGGCGGGGCUUCCAUCAUACUCUCAGGAGGGACCAGCAACAGGGUGAUUGCUAGAGGUGGGGGGGGGUCCCUUAGUGAUACUCCUCUGCCCUUCCACCAUUUUCCUGGCAUGAGACUCACAGACAUAAAUCAAAGGCCUUCUGAUUGGUUGGCUGCCCCAGAAGGCACAAAAUAGACUUAUUUUCUCCCUGGU